GUAUGAAUGACUCGCUCCAACUCAACUCUCCCGUGUAGCUUGCUAACUAGUAGCAACUGCAUCUCGGUGGAGUUAGUGAACUGACUACUGGCUACCAUCAAGUUUGUCCAAAUGGAUUAUACACCGACUCAAAGUGGGUUCAGACAGCGUAAGUUACAGCCUAAUAUGCGUCAAAGGAACAGCUCUGCGGACGGUUUAGAAGGCAGCCAGCUGUUUGAGGAUAGGAGUGGAGCAGCACAUGGACUACAGACGGGGUACAGUAACCAGCAGGCCGGGCCUCAAGCAGCAGGAUUUACUGGCCAGUCCAUCCUGUCAGACCCCAUGUCUAACCUGGCCAUGGCAUAUGGAAGCUCACUGGCAUCCCAGGGACGGGAAAUGGUGGACAAGAACCUGGACAGGUUCAUCCCAAUUUCUAAGAUGAAAUAUUACUUUGCUGUGGAUACAGUGUACGUUGGGAAGAAGCUGGGCCUUCUAGUUUUCCCUUACAUGCACAAGAACUGGGAGGUGAGCUACCAGCAGGAUACUCCUGUGGCUCCACGCUUUGAUGUGAACGCUCCUGAUCUCUACAUUCCCGCCAUGGGCUUCAUCACAUACGUCCUGGUGGCUGGACUGGCCCUCGGCACGCAGAACAGGUUUUCUCCAGAGCUGCUGGGAGUUCAGGCCAGCUCAGCCUUUGUGUGGCUGGUCAUGGAGGUCCUGGCGGUCCUGCUGUCGCUCUACCUUGUGUCCGCCAACACUGACCUCACGACCAUCGACCUGCUGGCCUUUUCCGGCUAUAAAUAUGUUGGGAUGAUCAUCGGCGUAGUAGCAGGCCUGCUGUUUGGGAGGCCAGCGUACUAUCUCUCUCUACUGUGGUGCUGCGCCGCCAUCUUUGUCUUCAUGAUCAGAACUCUGCGUCUGAAGCUGUUAUCUGACACCGCGGCCGAGGGGAGACUGGUGAGAGGAACCAGAAACCAGCUGAGGAUGUACCUCACCAUGUCUAUAGCAGCAGCACAACCCAUCUUCAUGUACUGGCUCACCUACCACCUCAUCAGAUAAAACCCACACACACACACAGUGUAGAUGAACUGUCCGAACGCCAUCGUAAAGGAAGCACACGCAUCAAAGAAGUUGGACUUGGUAUGAAACGCAUAACAGCCACAGCUGUCUGGAAAAUAUCCCACCACUUCCCAGACAUUGAGACAGACUUACACACUCACCACCGUGUCUGCAUGGAGCAAAACAACACAUGCUACGAGAGGAAGUGAGGCACGACUGCCUUUUCUCUCACAGCACAGCCCUGUGUCAUUAGUAUUGCCUUUGUUGUCUUUUUUUCAUGUAAUGUCCAUGUGUAAAAAUGUGUAUCAAGAGUAAGUGGCUUUGUAAUUAUUUGUUAAUUAUGUUUUUUAGUGAUAUUUAAGUAUAUUUGUGUAUAGCAAAAGUAUUAUCACAGACGUUUCUCUGGUCUAUUUCAUGGGAUUUUUCUGAGCCGACUAAAGAAAGUACACUAACCUCAUACAAACCGUCCAUUUAGUGACAAGAAAUAAGUCAAAUCCAGGUUUAAGAUAUCAUCAUUUUGACAAAUGUUUACUUCAUGGCUCAGAGAAUUACCUGUUCUGUCAUUAUGGGAUGUGGACACAAGGGUCAUCUAACCGGUGUGUGGCUGUAGUAACCACUCAGUUUUAUCUGUUUCAUCGUUUUGUAUGUGCUCUGAUAAGUGUACAAGCUUUGCUGCCUGACAAUUCUUGAAUAGAAACAAAUUGACUGAUUUGUAAGCCACGACAUGAGGGUGUCGACCUCGCAAUUAAAUACUGAGCUAACUUUGA